AGGACCCAGUAGAGUUGCUGGAUGUCUCCACAAAGCAUCUUCUGAGCUCUGCUCCUGGGUUGAUGGUAGCUGAGGACUCCAGGAAGAGCUGACAGAUUCCCCAGCCACAGGCUUUGUCUAGGGUUGCCCCCCGCACAGCUCUCACAGUUUCUGGAGAAUGCUGGGACUCACCUAUUGACUUGGCUGUCCUCAAGAAGGGACCCUUAUUUUGCAGGUCUGUGCAAAGAAGGCAAGACCAGCAGAUCUGGAGAGAGGGUCCAUUGGAUCUCUGCCUCUGCUUGGGAUCUUUCUAUGACCGCUGCUGGAUCUGGCUGGCUUUGGAAGAAGAGCCUAUGUAAGCAAUCUCUGAUCACCACUUUCCUCAUUGCUGUGACAAUAGCUAGUUCUGUUCCUGCCAUGGCUUACUCUGGAAACUAAGGGGAUCACUCUGGCCUGCAGAAGACAGACAUCCACAGCAGGACCCAAUGGAGAAUAAAGGCAUGUAUUUGCACAACUUUGGGGACCGGGAGAACGGCUCCAUCUUUGAGGAGACUUUCGAGGGCAGGAGCCUAUCCAAACUGAACCUGUGCGAGGAUGGUCCUGGUAGUAAGAGGAGAGGGAAUUGCUGUGCCCAACUUGGAUCCUUGUCCAUGUUGAAGUAUGCUGUUGUUGGCCUCUAUCUUCUGGUCUUCCUGAUUCUUGUGGGCAUCUUCAUCCUGGCAGUCUCUCGGACACAGAGUUCUCCGGAUGACCUGAAGGCCCUUACCUGGAAUGUGAACCGGCUGAAUGAGAGUUUCCGGGACUUACAGUUAAGAUUUCUGCAGCUGCCACUCCGGGGGGACAUGAUGGAGCACAUCUGGAAGCUUCAGGACCUGCUCCAGAACCACUCCGAUUCCCUGCGUCUGCUGAUGAGCUCCCUGCAGAGGCUGGAGGGUAAUGUGUGGAGCCUGGAGACCCAGGCCAGCCAGACAGAGCAGACCAUCUCCCUCCUGCGGGACAGUAGCAGCCAGCAGCAUGAGGCGGCCCAGAUGCAGCUCUACCACCUACAGGUGGAGCAUAACAGCAGCCAGCUGCUGCUCCAGCAUCAUGCCAGGCUCCUGUCCGAGCUGGCCACCAGGGUGAGCGGUCUGGGUGAAGAGCUGGCUGAAAUGACCGGGGCCCUGGGCGGCAUCAACCAGAGCCUCUCCUAUGAUGUGGGCAUCCACCACACUCAGCUCCGGGACCUGCAGGUGCUGGUGAGCAACGCCAGCGAGGAUGCCCGGCGCAUGCGCAGGGUCCACAUCGGCAUGGAGCUGCAGCUCAGGCAGGAGCUGGCCAUCCUCAAUAACGUGACGGAGGAGCUGCGGCUCAAGGACUGGGAGCACUCGGUGGCCCUGAGGAACAUCACCCUCAUGAAAGGGCCCCCAGGACCCAAAGGUGAUCCAGGGAAUGAAGGAAGAGGAGGAACACCUGGUGCUCCUGGUUUGCCUGGACCAAGAGGUCUUACAGGUGAGAGAGGUUCUCCCGGGCUGCCCGGCCUGAAAGGAGAUGAUGGGGCAUUGGGAGCCCCAGGUCCCAUGGGAAUGCGUGGAUUCAAAGGUGAAAGGGGUCCGAGAGGAGAGAAAGGAGAAAAAGGAGAUCGGGCCGGUGACACAGCAGGUAACCCCAAGGGGAUGAUGAUCCGGCUGGUGAAUGGCUCUGGCCCCCAUGAGGGACGUGUGGAGGUGUACCAUGACCGGCGCUGGGGGACAGUAUGCGAUGAUGGAUGGGACAAGAAGGAUGGGGAUGUGGUGUGCAGGAUGCUGGGCUUCCGAGGAGUGGAGGAGGUGUACAGAACAGCUAGAUUUGGGCAAGGCACGGGGCAGAUCUGGAUCGAUGACAUUGCCUGCAAGGGGACAGAGGACAGUAUCCUCCAGUGUAGCUUCUCCAGCUGGGGGAAGACCAACUGCGGCCACGCUGAGGAUGCAGGGGUGACAUGCACCAGACACUGAGGACGGGCAGGAUGGCAGACGCUGGCCUCCAUUGCCUAUCACUGGGGAGGCUGGGACCUUGCACCCAGGGCCGCCCAGACUUGCACCCUGCCCUGCACUGCACCCCUAAGCCUAGUGCCCACUAACGAGCCGCCAUAACUCUCUAGUUAGACAGCUGCUAAAAACAGUGCCUCUGGGAUUGACUGCAAAUCUUUUCCCUCCUGGAACAACUGGAUCAACAAUUUACUGACCUUACUCUGUGCCAAUAGUAGCUCCUUAGAACCCGUAUCAUGCUUGUUUUCAUUCUGUCGGUAACAGUUAAAUGCUGGGGAUGUGUCAAAAGCAACUCUGUUAUAUGUGGCCAUGGGGAGCGGGGCUAGCAUGGAUAAUUAAAUCUACAGAAAGUUCCCAAA